UUUUGGUCUCUCCCUCUCUCUUUCUCUCUUCUUCACUCUCUUCGCUUCCGUCUCUCUCUCUCCGCUUCGCUAGGGUUCCAUUCAAGCAGCUAAAGUUACUGGAGGGCGGAAAUAAAAUGAAAGCUUCUACCCAGAGAAACUCGAAAGUGAUCAAGAUUCCUAUAAGGGGCAGAGCAAGUAAAGGUGGCAUGGGAGAACAAAAAUCUACUAGGAGAACUACACGACACAGUUAUAGAGAACCAGGGAAUGAUGGCGACUUCAAGGAAGUAGACAAGCAUUCAUCACCUUGCAAAACAGCUAAAGGGUUAGAUUUGAAGCUUUCUGAUGAUGUACAGCUUUCAGAACCAACAAAGAAGCUGCCUUUUUAUGGCAUUUAUGGAGGGAAACCACUUCUUCCUCAGUCAAAGAUCAAAUUGCAGCUUUUUCCUGUAAAUGAAGGCAUUCGAAUAAAAUUGGAAAAGGGUGGACUUCAUCCGUAUUUGGAACUCACUCUUAGAGCACAGAAGAAGAUCUCUUCUGUUCUGAAGCACCUUAUCAGCAAAUGGGGGAGUGUAAGUGCUGUUGUUGGUGAGCCGGUUCUAUUUCCAUAUAGGAUACAUGACAGUGUAUCUAGCAGCAGAAGAUGGACUCUGAAUGAUGGUGAGACUUGUGCUGGAGAUGUCUAUGCAGCUGUUGGAAGCCCUGAAGUUUUUCGCUUAAGGUAUGGUUGGUUGUCUACUGAACUCAAAACCUGUGACAAGCCUUCUACAGCAGCUUAUGAUAAGUCUAAGUUACAAUCGAAAGACAUAAAGAGAGAUAUUAUCACCGCUGCAGAGGAUGCAUGUGAAGUAAAAGAUAUUGUUGUCGAUACCGAAACUAACAUAAGCAUUGGAGGCCUCCUUUCCGAAGCAUCCUUACAGGCUAAGUGCAAUGAUGGAAAUACAAACCAGAGAGAAAAGCCUAACACCCUGCAUCCUAUGGACGUAAAGAGUGAUUUAAAAUCAUUUGACUUGUGGACUGAUUGUCCAUCUACAAGCAUUGGUGGUAUCCUGUCUGAAGUAUCUUUACAGGGAAAAAUCAAUCGUUUUGGUGCACAGUCAACUGUGAGCAAUCCAAGCUUGCAGCCAGGCCAUUCAGUUACUGAUAUUUCUCACGGUGUUAAGCCGCCCACUCAUGAUUCAUGCUUAUCAAUUUUGGAUUCUGAAGAAACCUGUCAUGCAUUUCCUUCUCAAAAGGUUUCUCAGGGAAAAGAUGUUUUGGGUUUUGGAGGAAGUUGUGAAGGUUCUAACCAUAAUUCUGGUUUCAAACUAUUCAAGUUCCCUUUUCCAGCCAAGGCUAAUAGGUUACCCGAGCUUCAGCAAGAUGAUGCUCGGCAAGAAUCUAGUACAGAACGGAUGAAUUGUUCAUAUCUGAAUAAUGAUGAACGGAGCCUUGGGCUAUCAGGCAUCAAAUGGACUGAUUCUUUGGGACCCUUUGAUCUUGGCCUUCCUGUCUCCCAGAAUCUGUGUAAUGCAGAGAGUACAAGCAUCAGUGGAUUUGCUAACUAGCAGUUGGAGACUAGAGACCCUUUUGAUGGAGAUUCCAAAUCCAGGAAUUUAUGACAUCAUGAGGUUAAAGUGCGUGUUCAGACUUCUUAAAAGGUUAAAGAGAAAAAAUGCCAUACAAAACCAUAUAUCAAGAUUUGAAGAAAUCAGUUGAAUUCCUAAUGAUUCAUGGCACAUAAUUAUUUCAAGUUCAUUUCAAUUGCAGGGCUUCUAGUCAUGUCAAAUAUGUUCCAUCUACUGUUUUGAACCGAAGAUUCAUUUGCAUUACUUUCCAACGUGCAAGUUUUUGAA